GCAAAAGACAAUUCUCCUCCUCCUGCUCUGGCGGUAUCUUCAUAUCAAUUUCCCUGCUCUUGAGUCGCAGCAUUCUGCUCCUCGUGAGAACGCGAUUUUAUUUACACAAAAAAGUCGACGUUUCAAUCGCCCUUCGAUCUAUUGGUACUUCUUUUCACGCUCGCCAUCCUCCAAUACAAUUGCUUCUCUUUUCAACUUCAUCGGCGCGUCGUCUCUGCGUCGCGAUAUCGUUGCGUCCCCUCGCCCUCUCACACUUACGUACCCGACGAACAAUUCCGCUGAUUCAAUUUCAUCGCGUUUUAGAUCCACCACGCCAGUUAAUAACUGUCGUCACUUUAUAAAUCCAUUUAGAUACCCAUUUCACUUAAUUCAACAUGCCAAAGGAAAAGGCUCCCAAGCGUGCUGCCAAGAAGACUGAGAAGAAGAAGAAGGACCCCAACGCACCAAAGCGUGGACUUUCUGCAUACAUGUUCUUCGCCAACGAACAACGUGAUAACGUUCGUGAGGAGAACCCCGGAAUCUCUUUCGGCCAAGUCGGAAAGGUUCUCGGUGAACGCUGGAAGGCCUUGAACGAGAAGCAAAGAGGUCCUUACGAGGAGUCUGCUGCCAAGGACAAGAAACGUUACGAAGAGGAGAAGGCCAAUUACAACGCCGAUGCCGAGGAGGAAGAGUCUUCUUAGAGAUUUCUUUUAAUCACUCAAACUUUCAAUCACUUCAUCUCGACAAAUGAUAGUCUUGAUAGCUACCUAUCCGACCAUCACUAUCAAAGAUGACAUAAUCAUACAAGUUGGGAGGUUCUCCGGGGUUAUCUUUUCUGCUUUUCAUUUGGGCUGGGGUGUUAUGUUUUGACAGGGGAAUGGGAUGAUCAACUUGUGCACAUGUUGCCGUUUUCCUUUUCAUAUCGGAUGAUGAUCUUACGGUAUCGUUUUUUGCUAUCGACGGAUUUUUUAUGGUCUGGUCUGGUCUGGUCUAGGUCAAAGUCUAGGUCUGUCUAGAUAGGUCUAGGACAAGAGAUAAGAUCAUGGUAAAUUUCUACAACCAAUUGCGUGUAACAAUGAUAUCGUUUGUAUUCUAAAUCUUCUCAUUUGAUCA